AUGGCUGGUUACCAAGCCGCGCUGGAGAGCCCUCGCGCUGGCGAGAUCCCAUGCAAGGGAUGCUUCUCCGUGACCGCGAUCUUGGCCAAGAUACCGCCCAUGCCCCAUGGCCGAUGGCCCCAUGGCCUCCAGAUGUGGCGCAGCGGUGGCAGCCUGGACCGCGGCUUCUGCGAGUUCUGCGAGGUGAUGCUGGGAAGCAGCUGCCAGCAGAACCCGGACGAAGCCACGCAAGCGCUGGAGCCGGGCAAUAUCUGCCUCGCGGAGCUGUCUCGAGACAAGCUGCAGGCGCUGGUGGCUAGAAGCCUGGAAGAGAUGAAAGAGGCCCGCGGCCUGACCUAUGAGAUCCAGCCGUACCUGGAAGAUCUGCUGAUCCGGCGCCAAGGCUUCCGGGGCUUCGUGGAUCUGCUGGCCUCGGUGGCGGACGCGGAGGAGACUUUGCCGCGCUUCCUCUCGGAGAUGACGGCCAAGGACCUCUUCAUCUCGCUGCUGCUCAUCACCCCCGGCCGCAGGAAGCGCAUCCGACUGGCCACGGCCUACCAGGCCCUCAAGGUGCCCCUGCCCCUGGUCUUCCGCCACCCGGAGGCUCCCCAGUCCGGGCUCAAGACUGCCAGGCCACGCGCUGCUUUCGAGCUACUGCAGGAGUUGGCCUGCGUGCCGCGGGAGAAGCGAGUGGUGCUGGUGAGCGUGGGCACAGACGCGGCCAGCGGCUGUGGCAAGACCACCUUGCUGGGCGCCAUGGGCCUGGCAGCAUCUGAGGAAGAUUUAGACGUGCGGCCAUCAGGGCCGAUGCAUAAUUCGUCCUGCGACCUGUACUGCACGAAUCCCGACCUCUGGCUUUUGGACGCCCAUGGCUCCUUGGAAGACGAAGACGUGCGCCAAGCGGUGCUGGCGCUGCACAUCUGGGGCAGCGCUAUUGCGCUGGUCCACUGCUCCCUCAACGACUUCCAUAGCAGCGGACAGCCACGGAAGGACCUCGCCUCCAUUCUGUCGGACCUCUCCGGGCACGUGCUUUUGAAUGCCGCGCCGCGCCGCGGCAGCGGCGCCGUUGUGCUCGUCCGAGAUGCCAACGAGGUGGAGGCGAAGUGGCGAAGCGCCCUGGAGGCCUUCUCCCAGCUGGGGGUCUUGGCGGUGUUCACCGUGGAGGACUGCCGCGGCUUCCGCUCCGCGGCCCGGCGCAGCGCUGCCAUGGAGAAGCUCCGCGCCAAGUUGGAGCAGGCCUGGCACCACCAGGAGCACAUCGUGUGGGGGACUCCGUGCCUCGAGGACUUACACAAAGUUCACAGGCUGGUGGUGGAGGGCCACCUGCGCCGCGACGCGAAGCUGUUCUCCGGCGCAAAGGCGGUGCUGGCGAAGUCCAGCCUGGGACUGGAGUUCACCAAUAUCCUGGACAGGGCCUUGAAGACUGGAUCGGUGUACGAGUCGCUUUUCCCCCUCAGCGCCAUCAAGAGGCGACUGCGGUCUCUACAUCACGAGGGUGGAGAGCGGGUGACCGGAGCUUCUAAAAUGGAGCAGCUGAAGAUCGAGGAGGACUUGGCCAAGGCGCGGGCGGCCAAGAUGGCCGCUCUGAGCCGGGACUUCUCCAGCGCCAAGAAGUCGGAGGCCUUGGACUUCUUUCAGUCGUCCCUCUCCUCAACUGCUCCUCUCUCAGCGGUGGCCGAGCUUGGCCACUACUUGGACGACUGGAAGAGUCCCAGGAUCACGCCGCUUCUGGCGCAGCAGCGCGCGGUGCUCGACAAGUUGGCGGCGUUGGAGCAUGUGUCGGAGGCCAAAGAGAAGGAGGAGGCGUUGCUUCGGGCCGAGCUGACCGAGGUCAUGAACAAGCUUGCGGAGCUUGACUUCAGCGCCGACACCUUCUGGACGGAGCUGGAGCUCUUCGCCGGCCGCGACGGCAGCGACGGAGUGCAGCGCGCCGCGGUGUGCUGGGCCUCGCUGCUGGCGUCAGGUCAGCCGUUCCAGGUGCUGCACAGUCGGCCUCUGCAGAUGGCGGGCCAGUUUCUUCGAACGGUGCUGGCGAGCAUCGGGGCGCCGGCCGAACCGGGGAUCUACGUGGUCUCAGUGAUUGGCGCUCAGAGCUCUGCAAAGAGCACGCUUUUGAACUUCCUCUUCGGCUCGGGCUUCGCAGUGGCCUCCGGCCGCUGCACCCGAGGCUUAUAUGCCUCCUACUUUGUGAUCCACCACCGCCCGGUGCUGGUCUUGGACUCCGAAGGGCUCUUGUCCUUGGGCUCCGAGGGCUCCACCUUCGACGGGCAGAUCGCCAUGAUGUGCAUGACCUGUAGCCACCUGGUUCUGGUGAACAACAAGGGCGAGCUAUCCCGACAGCUUCAGGACCUGCUGGAGGUGUGCCUCUUUGCCAUGAAGCAUUUGCGCCUCUCGCGGCUCCAACCGCGCCUGGUCUUCGUGCUUCGGGACCAGCACGACCGGUCCCGGGCCGUGCACGAAGACAUGCUGAAGCAGAUGAAGAACAACUUAGAAGAGGCCGCCCGCACUUUAGGCUCGCCCCUCCAGGACCUCAUUCUGCUGGACGGCACCGCGGUCUUUCUGCUGCCCUCCGCCAUGAGCUCGGAGCUGCGCCAGGGCCGGGAGGUCUGCUGGACCAGCGAGCUCUUCGCACGGGAGGUGCUGAAGCUCCGGUCCGAGGUCUUCCGUUGGCUCCGGGAGGAUGGCGAAAGGCGCGCGCAAAGCGGCGGCGAGCUACCGGAGUUCUCCUCCCUGGUGCAGUGGUUCGACUACGCCACCACAGUCUGGGAGACCUUGGAUCAGUUUGGCCAGCAGCUGCUGCACUGCAGGACCAUCCACGAGAUCGAGCAGCGGCGGGAGCUCGCGGACGUGGCCAAGAGCGCCGUGCGGGAGGUGCUGGACGGGUCAGCUGAGCAGCACGCGGGGUUCCACGAGCGAGCCCGGCAGCUGGUAGACAGCUUUGUCCACAGGAUCCACUCCUCCCCCACGCGCUUCGACUUGGAGACCACGGACUUGGAGCUGAGUCGGGCCCUGGCGUACCUGAGGGAUGAGUUCGUGAACCGCCUCGAGGACCUCUUCCAGCAGAAGGCAUCCUCCCCCCGCUUCAGCACCACCGCCAAGGAGCAGGCAAAGCAGCAGAUCCGGACGCCCAUUGAGUGGGCCUUCGAGAACCACCUGUACACCUGGAAGCUGCAUUUGAAGAAAGCCUCGGACGAGCGAGCCAUGCACGAGCUGUGGAUCCACUUCACCGGAGUGCUGAACCGCCACCUGGAGACCUCCGGGCACCGCUCCUGCCUCUCGGAGGCCGAGAGCCGGCAGCUCUUCGACGCCGAGUGGCAGAUGUACGAGGCAUCCUUCCUGGACCGACUGCAGAGCCUCACCAAGGACUGGCAGACCCUGGCGCACGAGGUGACGCUGCUCUUCAACCACGCGGUGGGGAAGUUGCAGCACGAGACCGGGGCUCUGGCGCUGCUGAAGGAGGCGGGGCCCCAGGCUUUGACCCGCGAGGCGGACACGGCGCGGCACCUGGGGAAGCAGACCAACGAAGAGUGGGAGGAGAACUAUUUCCACAUCGGCUGGUGGGGCGCAAUGAAGAUGCACGGCCUGGCGCUGCUUCACACCGCCGGGGGCACGUUGGAUCCCAACUUCGGCACAGGCCUGCGGAACAACGUCAUCCCCCGCAUGCGCCAGGCGGUUCAGACGGGGCUCCAGCAGCUGCGCUCGGAGGUCCACGCGCGGCAGGUGCUGGACGAAGCCACGGCCGGGGAGGGCCUGCGCCACGUGGCCAACGUCAUUCUGCACGACCUGGAGACGCGGCUCUUAGCUGACUGCCCAGUGACGUUGAAGCGGCCCCAGAUCUUGCACGCCCUGCACCUCGCGCUGCGUGCCGCCUGCGUGGAAGCACUGGAGGACGUGGAGACGGACAAGCAAAAGAAGGCCAUGGCGGACCUGUUGGCCCAGAAAACCUUGGUGGAGGAGCAUUUCCUGCUGAUCGUGCAGGCCAACAAAGGAGACGUGGAGAGGGCCACCAACUUCGCGACGCUGUACCACCGGUCAUUGAGCAGCUGGUUGGACCACGAAGUCACGCAGCUGGCGGCGGAUGUGCGCAGCCAGGUGCUCCAGCAGAUGCCGGACCCCCAGAAGAGCUCCGAGAUGGCCUUCCAGAUGUCCUUUGGAUCCCGGAACUGGUCUGACGUGCUGGAGUACGUGCUGGACACCAAUGCCUACCUGGAGAAGCAGUUCCUGCACAUCUUCCACCAGCAGAAGCGGCUCUUUGUGGGCCCUGCGCGCAGUCGGGUGGAGAAGCGCGUGCUGGGGGCAUACCACCUGCUGCAGGAUGUGGUCGGACAAUGGGCGAGGAAAGAGUCCACUCCCACGGAGAAGGUGGAUUUGGCCAAGGGCCGAGCGGCGACCGCGAGCAGGUCAGUGAAGGAGCUCAAGGAUUUCAUUUCGAUCCACGCGGAGAGCGUGCCGACCAACGUGGACAUCGCCGAGGCGCACCGGCAGCUGGCGGAAAGGCUCCCAGCCACGGCGGACUUUCAGAUCGCGGAUCCCAAGCUCUUCGCGGAGACCCUGCAGGCGCGGAUCGGCGACUGUGCGGACUCCAGGGAUGUGCCGAAGAGGCUCGGCGAGCAGCUGCAAAAGGCACUGCGCGAACAGUCGCUGCAAGCUUGGUCCCUGAUCCGGGGAUGCUCCGAGCGAUGCCCACUCUGCGGCUCCAAGUGUGAUCUGGCGCGGCGGCCCGAAUCGACGCAUCGACGCAUCGACGCAUCCCGACUUGGCCAAAGCGAAUCGACCUUUGGAACUUUUUCGGUGAAACACCUUCAUGGUUGUUGUUGGGACACAUUUGAACCAUUUUUGCUUAUUGUGGUUUGGUGGUUGAAAUCCAACCACUGA